UAAGAGUGGGGUGCAUAUGGCCAUUUAGGAGAUUCCAGGCCAUCUCCGCAGCUCUUAUUCCCAUUUAGAAACAAAUUUUUGAAGAAUAGAAAGAGAAAAUAAGAAAAAGAAGGCAAGGCAAAGGUUUCCUUCAUAGUGUCACUUGCUUUGUCAGAAUGUCUCAAAGAAGCUUCGCCUUCACUCCAACAGCCCUGCGCUCUCUCGAACAGGACAGGGACCUGCUGGAGAGAAGGCGCUAUCAGAGGCAAUUGGUAGACCCGGUACUUAGUGGUUACCUGCUGAGGAAGGAGGCCCGGGAGAAGACCAGGCUUUUCAAACAGACCCGUUUGGAGCCGACCGCACCAAUGGUGUGCCGUGACCUGGUGGUGCAAAAUGCCCUGUACACGGGAAACGUGGAGGCUGUGAAGGAGUUCUUUCCCAAAGGCUCAUCAGCCAACCUGGUCAUCCAGCCUGAAGGAGGAGCCAUGCGCUGGGUCUCAGAUGGGAAAGUAAGAGGACUGUGGUCGCUGACCUAUGAGCAGGAGCUGACCACUCCUCUGCACAUUACAGCGGGCCGAGGCUUCACUGACUGCCUCAGGCACCUGCUGCUGAGAGGAGCCAAUGUUGAUUUUGCCCCCGGAGGCACCACUGCAUUGCAUGAAGCCUGCGAGGAGUGCCAACCGGAAUGCAUCAAACUGCUGCUGGAGUAUGGUGCCAAUGCCAAUGCUGUCAAUGAGGACGGACUGAUGCCCCUCCACGUCUGUACAGAGCUGAACUCUCUGGAGUGUGCCAAGCACCUCAUCCAGUUCGGAGCCGCUGUCAAUGGACGCAGCCUGGAUGAAAAUGACACGCCACUGCAUGUGGCAGCACGUCAUGGCCUCUCAGCUCAUGUGGAUCUCUACCUGCGUCAUGGUGCGGCACUAGAGCGGCAGAAUGAUGAUGGCCUCACACCACUCAAUUCUGCCUGCUCACAGCCACAGGAAUUGGCUGCCCUGGAGCGCUACAGGCAAGUGUGCCAGCAGCUAGUGGAUGCUGGAGCGGAUGUGCAGACGGGUGAUGCUGACAAGCAGACACCUCUGCACAUGGCCUGCAAGAAUGCCAACCCAGACGUGGUGGAUUUGCUGCUGCAAAGGGGUGCCUCUGUCAACACCAUGGACUAUGGUGGGGAGGCACCCAUGCAUAACAUCUUGAAGAUAGUGGCCUAUAAGAUUGAUCACCAGCCAGAGAGGAUAGUGAAGGCAUUGUUGAACUAUGGAUCCAUCAGGGUUUGGCCAGGAGCACUGGCAAAGGUGCUUAGGUACUGCUGUAUGUCUCCACGAACAAUAGAAGUGCUGCUAAAUGCAUAUGGUCGCAUCAAGGUUACAGAUGAAUGGGUGGAGGCAGUUUCCCCAGAGGCAUUUCAGAAACACAGAGAAUUCUAUGAGUCUGUGUUUGCCUUGGCCCAUAAUCCUCGCUCCCUGCAGCACCUGGCCCGCUACCAGCUACGCACCUAUUUGGACAAUCGCAUGCCCAAAGUAGUGCCCAGACUGGGCCUGCCUACUUUUCUGAAGAAUUACCUGAUGCUGGAGUUCCGAGGUUAUGUUCACUAGGAACCUUGUAGAGCCACGCAGGAUUUUGAGUGCUCCAUCCAAUCAGCUUCACAUUUAUGAUGUGUUGAAAUGUGAAGAUGUAUGUGCUGAGAAGUCCUUUGCCAGGCCACGGAUGUUCAGCCUGUGAAUAAUCAAAAGUAGGGUUGUAAAUGUCUGAUCUCACAAUUCAACACAAUUACAGCUCUUUAGGAAAUGGCUCAUUACACCAUGAAAUGUCAGGUUUCAUCAAGAGUUAAUUAAACUAUUUUGGUAUAAUUCAGUAUUAUAAAAAAACACUGAAAUAUGGUUGGAGGAACUAUUUAUGCAGUGGAAAAUAGAAUCAAUAAAACAAAAUUAACAAGCAGUUCAGUUUUUUAGAUUUUACCAUAUGCCAAGAUUUUUGUUUUAGUAAAAAACUGAGUUAAUAUUAUUAUAAUCAGUUACAACAUUGCAAAAGCAUUCAAUUGACACCUUUGGACUGACACAAUAUCAUGAUGCAAUUUUACACACGUUAUCAAGCGUUUGGGAAAGCAUGUGUGUAUGACAGCUGAACUGACUCUUGUUCACAAGAAUGUAACAAGACUGAAGAUGGUUUGCAACCAUAUGAAUGUCGACUCCAAAAAUGUGAAUGUGAGCUGCACUGAAACAAGUCUGUAUAAGAUUUGAGCGAGCACUUGGCAUUUGUAAAAGAUGUAUAAAUGUAAUAUAUUUGACACUUAUUUGAUAAACUCUCUUUUUUUAGGCAGAAGUUGUCUGACUAAUAGAAUAGGUGUAGGUUGGAAAGAGCUAAGCCUUAGCCUGAUGAACAGUGGCUGUUGAUCAUGGAGAAUGGCUUUGUAGAUGGCUCUACUGAUUAUAUUCAUUCCCUUAAGUAUUCACUGAAAUUCACUGAUUCAUGAAAGCACAUGUACAAAACAUAUGAUGAAGUUUUUCACUAUGGAUGAGUUGCAGCAUUAUGCUGUGGUUUUUCAUGCCAUACCAUAUGGAUAUAGCUGAUUUAGUAUUGAAGAUAUUUACGAAAUUUACAUUUUUAAGUAUUCAAAUAUGUAUUAUUGAUUACACUUUUGUUUUUCUUUCGAGGUCUUGUGGUCUAAUCUUCACUGAGAAGCUUGUUGGUUCUGAGCACACUGUGGAAACCUGACAGCCACAAGGGGGUGCUGUGUAUUUUUUUCUUAGCUUUUUUUGACAUUUUUUUUUUAGCCUGUUACCACAAAUGGUUAAGAAAAUUAACACGUGUUCUAUAAUAAGAGCUGUGAAAUUGAGUGAACUUAUAGUUUAACAUGUGAAUAGACAUUUGAAAUAUUUUCACUGUUA